AUGCUUGGGUCGUGCUUUAAGGGUGUUGCCACAUUAAAGGUGACUUGAUUCUUCUAUUUGUUUAAACUCUACAGUUUGGGACAUGAAAUUCUUUAUGAGAAUGGACUGAGGACAAUGUACGGUGACCGAGCGUACCAUGAGUUGCCAAUUGUUCAUAUUACUACAACCCGGAAUAAUACCACAGUUUCUAUCACAGAUUGCAACGGUCGCAGCCUCUGCACGACAAGUUGUGGGUGUGAAGGUUUUAAGAACGCUCGGAAACAAACAACUGUAGCUGCCCAAACGGUCGGAAUUUCCAUUGGCUUAAAGGCCCAGAAACUCGGAAUUAAAGACGUGAGAGUUAAGAUGAGAGGCGUUGGAGCUAAUCGAUUGUCUACCGUAUCAGGAAUGACUCUUUCAGGACUGAAUAUUAUCUCCUUGACCGACGACACUCCAAUUCACUAUGGCAUGGGACGUCGACCCAAGAAAGUACCCAGGAAAUAA